GCUGUCAGUGCAGCAAAACAAAAAGCCUCGAUACUUUACAUCAGCAAGGCUGCUGCUGCUGCUACUGCUAAGCGAGCUAGCCCUAAUCUCUCGGUGUCACACUUACUUUAUCGACAAAAUGCUGAGGUCUUGCUGUGCCUACAGCCUGGGCUUGUUCUCUAUUCUUAUCCUGAUUGCAGGGAUCUCUCUGGUUUUGUCCAGUGUGUUUCCAAACGUCCUCAACUCGAGGGUGAAGAAGGAAGUGGUGUUGAAGAAUGGAACUGACUCAUUUGAAGCCUGGAAGAAUCCACCGCCUCCUGUUUACAUGCAGUUCUAUUUCUUUAAUCUGACAAAUCCCCUCGAAGUUUUGGAUGGGGACAGGCCAGCUGUUAUUGAGAGGGGGCCAUACACAUACAGAGAGUACCGGCCCAUGGAGGAAGUGGAUUUCUUAGAGAACGGCACCAAGGUGUCCGCGGUCAACCCCAAGACCUACAUCUUCCAGGCGAACAUGUCCAUAGGCCCGGAGAGCGACCUCAUCCGGACGGUGAACAUACCGGCCGUGACGGUAAUGGAGAAGUUCAAGGGCAGCCUAUUGGCGAACCUGAUCUCGGCAUUCAUGGUCUCGAGCGGCGAGGGCCUCUUCACCACGCGCACGGUGGGGGAGCUUCUGUGGGGCUACGAGGACGCCUUCCUCAAGGCCGCCAAGACCAUCAUACCCGAGUUGGACGACAUGUUCGGCCUCUUCUACAAGGCCAAUGCUACUGAUGAUGGACAAUAUGUUUUCUUCACUGGUGAAACAAACUACACUGACUUUGCUAGAGUCGAUGCGUGGAAGAAUAAAAGGCAGCUGGACUGGUGGACGUCGCCCCAGUGCAACAUGAUCAACGGCACCAACGGGGCCUUCUUCCACCCCUUGGUCACCAAGGACGAGACGCUCUACAUGUUCUCCUCCGAUCUCUGCAGGUCUAUGUAUGCCACGUACGUUGAGGACGUAACUGUGAAGGAGCUCCCCGGGUACCGCUUCUCGCCGCCCAGCAGUGUGUUCGCUAACCUGACGGUGAACCCGGACAACGCAGGGUUCUGUGUCCCUGAGGGGAACUGCCUGGGAUCCGGGGUGCUCAACGUCAGCGCGUGUAAACAAGGUGCUCCCAUCGUCAUGUCCUCGCCACACUUCUACCAGGCGGAUGAGAAGUACGUGAAUGACGUGUUCGGGAUGAAACCGGACAAAGAGCAGCACCAGACCACGAUCGACAUCAACCCGUUUACUGGGAUUGUCAUGCGGGCGGCUAAGAGGCUACAGAUCAACGUGAUGGUGGAGAAGCUCUCUGCCUUCAGGCAAACGGGAAAUGUAAGGACAGUGAUUAUUCCAGUCGCGUAUCUAAAUGAGAGCGUUGUCAUUGACGAUGAGUCUGCCAAAAAACUCCAGGCUGUCAUCGCCUUGAGGAACGUGGUGGUGAACAUUCCGUUCAUGCUCAUUGGUCUGGGCAUCCUUAUAGGCUUGGUCUUCAUGGGUGUCAUCUGUCGGCAGAAGGGCAUAGAGAGCUCGGCGGCAGAGCGACGGCCCCUGCUGAACUCGUAGGCCCGCCCUGGAGCCCACGCAGCGGGAGAGGAGAGCACGGCGGCGCCGAGAAGCGUCCCGACCACACCCAGCAUCACAGCCACCCGGAUCCCCUGAAGGUUGCAUCGUCCCCAUAGCUCACCCUUUUAAUAUGACUUUUAACACACUGUUUUAGUGGAAGUGGAAAUGGCAUCUUCUCUUUUAUCGUGUGUCUUUAACCACUCGGUCGAUUUGAAAUGGCAGUUUAAUAUAUUUUCUCUUCUCUUAUUUUUUUUUUAUAGUUGGAAACAUACUUGCAUUAUUCAACUUUUUUACUUGACAAAAUUGAAGUUAUUAUAUCGCCACUUUAUUAAAGUCCAAUCGAAUAGAAAUCCCAUUAUAUUAAUGUGUUGAGUCUAUAAGCCGAAACAGGAACAGCAGUGAGUUGCUUAAACAGGGAGGUCCGACUCUCUGAGAUGGUACAUGUUUUGUUGUCGUUUUUGAGAAAUAAUUCAUGAAUGUUACAUGAGAAAGAUGCUGGUGGCACUAACUUCUGGAACUGGUUUAAUUCAAGACAAAACUAUAAUGUUGCAUGUUUUAAAAUGUACUGUUUAAAGUUGUGCAAUAUGUUCUGAUUACCAAGUAUGUGGUAUCCAAGCCACUCCUUUCUCCAAACUACACAUUCAAAUGUCCAUAUACCUUUACAGGAGAAGUGGUGGUUGACGGUAGUCAUGCAAGACAAGCUUUUACUGAUUAAGUAGUUUACAGUUCCACUGAGGAAGCCAUUUUCCCGCCCUUUUGGGUAUUGUUACAUGAGCCUUCAAAGCUGGCUAGGUCAUGAUAAAAAAAAAAAGUUGGAGAAUGCAGCAGUUAAUUUUUCCUAAUACCUAACUGAUUAUAUAGCAGGAACAUAUAGCAUCUGUUAACCUUAACAUUGUGCAUGCAUCCACACCAACCACACUAACUAAUAUAAUUAUGGACUUCAAAAUCAAAUGUGUCUCCAUGCCAUUCUUAAGCUUUUUGCACUACUAAUACAGAUAUUAUGGGAUUGCUGUGUGCUUUAUAUUUUUAGUAUCAAUAUCAAGUGUCAAUGCGUUUUCCUUGUUUUGUGUUUUGUCCUUAUUUUAUAUCAUAAAGAAGUGGAGCACCACUUUAAAAAAAAACAUAUGUAUUCUAUAGCUGAACACAAGAUAGCAUUCAACAAAAUAUUCCAAAAUGUCAUAUUACAAUGUCU